GCCACUAGGAUAUAGUUUCAGUCUCUGCUUGCAGUCAGCUGAAAGAAGAGAUGAGGACACAAAAAAAAAAACUUCAGAAAGAGAGAGCUUAGGAGGACUCCCCUUCAGGCAUCCGAACAAGUCUGAACUGUUCUGCUGCAGCGUGAGCUCUGCUCUUCCCUGCGAAACAAAGCGGCAGCCUCUGGAAUCAGAAACAGAGCUGURGGGAUGCAGCAGGAAGAGUUUGGUUCUUCUGUGACUACGGCGUUGCCCUGUUCUUUGUGAAAGUUGUUUGUGUUUGGAACUGGGAGCAGAGCUGAGUGUGGCCGCACGCUGCAGGCACAGCGUGGACUGGAUGCUCCACAGGUGGAGAAGUGGACAGCUGCAGUCUGUGGUCCGGAGCACGGAGCAGAGAGUCUGAGGUUGUGAAGAUGUGGAGGUGGAUGUUAACUGUUUUGUCCCUGCUGUCUUUCAUGAAACAUACUGAAGCUCAGGGCAGGUGUAAUAAUGUGCAGGCAGCAGAUAUAGUUUUCCUGAUUGACGGGUCUUCGAGUAUUGGUCGGUCAAACUUUCUACAGGUGAAGGGCUUCAUGGCUGGAAUUGUGAAGCCCUUCGCCAGCGCCGUCAGCGCGUCAGGAAUUCGGUUUGGGGCUGUACAGUACAGCGACACCUCAAGGGUUGAGUUCACCUUUARUACAUACCUGAAUGGCACUGAGCUUAUCAAAGCGGUGCAGGAUAUAAGCUAUAAGGGUGGAAACACGCGCACUGGAGCUGGUCUCAAGUUUGUCUCAGAUAAUUUUUUCAACCCUGCAUCCCUGCGGGACGUUCCAAAGGUCAAUAUCCUGAUCACAGAUGGGAAAUCUCAGGAUCGUGUGCAGGAGCCGGCACAGAAGCUGCGCAGUCAGGGAGUAAAGGUUUUUGCAGUAGGCAUAAAGAGUGCAGACAGGAACGAACUGGCUCAAAUUUCCUCACAGCCCAGCAAUGAUUUCACCUCCUUUGUUGGAGACUUUAAGCUGCUAAACACACUCCUUCCUCUUGUUGGUCCUCGAGUGUGUUCAGUCGCAGGAGGAGUCUAUGUGAGUGAUGAGGCGUUUUCUGGUCCGUCCAAUAUUCAGUUCACAGGCCAGACAACAGACUCACUUAGGUUCCGCUGGAAUCCUGCCGGGGGCCCCGUGAGUGGCUAUGUGAUUCAGUAUGUGCCACUCUCUGGCCUGGGCCAGCCAAUCAAUGCAGAAUUGCGACAGGAGACUGUCUCGGCCACUCAGAGGACCUUCACGGUGCAAGAGCUCAGGUCAGGAACAGACUACCUAGUGACUAUCAUCGCCCAGUACCCCAACAGUGUUGGCGAGUCCACUUCUGCCAAGCAGAGAACCAGGUCAUUACCAGGUGUCUCCAGUCUAAGCUUGGUGCAGGCAGGCUACUUCUCCCUGUCUGUUGGAUGGGAUCCACCUUCAUCUCUUGUCCAGGGCUACAGACUUACAUAUGGGCCUCGAGGUCAGCCAGCGGCUCAGCUGCUGGAGCUGUCCCUGCCUGCCGAUGCCACAUCGGCCACUUUGGAGUCUCUUCAGCCCGACACAGAAUACGUCAUUAGCCUGUACGCCUUGUUUCCCCGCAACUCUGCAACCCCRUCUGUCCUCAAUGCUCAAACAUAGGUCAAACAUUUGAGACAGUUGAGCUUGCAGGAGACAGUGAGUUCUAUACUCUGUCCAGACUCCAACCUGAAACUGAAUACAUCGUCACGGUCCUCCCGCUGUAUGAGCAAAACACAGAGGGGCCUGGAGCAACAGCCAGAUUCAAGAUAGAGCGUGAAGAACARCAGGUCCUCAGAGCAGCCACCACCGAACCCUCGUCAAUCCGCCUUAACUGGAGACUCAUUCGGUCGGCGCAGGGGUACCGCCUGGAGUGGAGGGAGGGGCAAGUGUUGUUUGCUCCAUCAGGGGGUGCUGUUCAGAGUCUGUCCUUUCCUAGAAGCACCACCAGCUACGAGCUGACAGGCCUUCGCCCACAAACAGAAUACGUCUUCACCUUGUACACCCUGUUCGAGGGACGGGAGGUGGCUACGCCUGUCUCCACUGAAGACAAAGAGGCCCAGCCUGUAGGAAGCGUGUCCAAUCUGAAGGUGGUGGAGACACUGGRCAGUACCGUCAGACUUGGCUGGACGGGCGUAGCUGGAGCCACACAGUACCGAAUCAUCAUCCUGAACACAGAUGAUGGAACAGAGAAACUCCAAACUAUCCCUGGAGACCAGACGACCUUUGACCUCAGAGACUUGAUAGUUGGAGUGUCRUAUGGCAUCAGUGUCACAGCACUGGUGGGAGAGAAUGAAGGGGAAGCAGUUACUGUUUACAUCAAACCAGAGCAACAAAUAGGGAGAGUGACCAGUCUCAGGGUCACAAAUGUAAACAGUCGGAGAAUUCGAAUUGCCUGGGAUAGAGUUACCGGAGCUACCGGUUACAGAGUCACCUGGAGACAAGACGAAGAAGCAGAACGAUCCCGUCUUCUGGGAGCAGAGGCCACAGCUUUCACCAUCGAUGGUCUAGAUCCGGAUGAGGAACUGGUGAUUGGUGUUGCAGCUAUUGUUGAUCAACGUGCUGGAGAAGUGGUCACACUGUCUACACGGACUAACCCCGCCAGUGGAACAUUGUCUGGAUUUCGCGUCACAGAUAUCUCGUCACAGAGGAUACGUAUUGCGUGGUCACUUGUUUCWAGGGCAACAGGAUAUAAGAUCACUUGGCGCAGUGAUGAUGGAAUUGAAACAACUAGUACCGUAGCUUCCGAUGUUUCUUCCUACACAAUUGAUAGACUUCAGCCGAAUUCAGCCUACACUGUCCAAGUUUCUGCACUGACUGGCUCUCGAGAGGGAACCCCUUCUAUUCUGAAUGUUAGAACAGAACCAGACCAGUCAGUUGUUGGGACUGUGACAUCUUUGCAAGUCCUGGAGACCCGAGGAGAGGUUGUCCGGGUCACUUGGGUUGGUGUKCAGGGAGCAACAGCUUAUCGCAUCUCUUGGAGGAGAACAGACGGUGGUGUAGAGAGGAGCCAGCUGGUGGGUGGAGAUGUGUCARCAGUGGAUUUGGACCAGCUUGACCCUGGAGUUCAGUAUGAGGUGCAGGUCAAGGCUUUAGUUCAAAACAGAGAGGGUACCCCUGUUUCUGUCAGAGUCACCACACCUGGUUAUAACACCCCACCUCCCUUACUACCAACCACAACGUUACGGGUGACAGAAGUUAAUCAGGAAUCUGUGCGGCUUGGCUGGGCUCUUAUUCCAGGAACAACAGGGUAUAUUCUCCAUUGGAAAGAGGAGACUGAUGUUGGUCAAGGAUUGUCCGUUAGUCUCCCUCCGUCGUCCAGUUCCUAUCUGGUGACCGGUCUGCGUUUGGGCCGUCAGUAUAGAUUUACCAUACAGCCCACGUUUCCCAGCGGAGUGGCAGCAGAGACCUUUGUGGACGAGCGCACUGUGUGUCUGGGCGGACGUCUCGACGUGGUGUUUCUGGUGCCUGCAUCUACUGAUCGGAUCGGUCUGGAAAGACCUCUGCGUGACCUCCUCACAAGUGCAGCCGGGUCACUUGCCACCAUUGGGCCUCGAGACUCACAAGUAGGGGUUGUAGUUUAUGGCUUCAGACCAAAAAUAUGGUUCCUGCUCAAUCGCCACAUCAGAUCUGACACGCUGCUCCAAGAGAUCCAGUCUACACCUUUUGACGAAAGCCCAGGGAAUAACAUUGGUGAGGCAGUGACAUUCACUCGUCAGUACCUUCUGACCCCCUCAGCUGGACGGAGACCUCGGGUACCUGGUGCUGUCGUCAUCAUCGCUGACAGAAAAUCUGUCGACAACCUGACCCUCGCAGCCAACAGUCUGAGAACUACAGGUGUGACGGUGCUGGCUGUAGCUGUAGACCAAGCAGACACAGAGGAGCUGCGACGGGCCGUGACGGAUCGCAGCACCCAGAACAUCCUGUAUACUCGAGAUUCAGCUCAAAUGAACACACUGCACGCUGACCUGGCAGACUUACUUUGUGGUAUUGCCAGAAUACCGGAGGUAUCCCCAGGUUCAGACCAAUGUACCGUUCAGUGUCCUCAGGGUGAGAAGGGAGAGCGUGGUGAGAGGGGGGAGAGGGGCAGGGAUGGUGCAGACGGACGCAAGGGGGAGCCUGGUCGUGACGGUUUGCCUGGGAGAGARGGUCCCAGAGGUCCUGAAGGACGACCUGGUCCACCAGGACAACCGMUCUCUUUCGACCCCUCCGGGAUAAAAGGUGUAAAGGGUGAGAGGGGCUUUCCAGGUGUUGAUGGAAAUCCAGGAUUACCAGGAAGACCAGGUGCUCCUGGAAAUGCAGGCGUCCCAGGCUCACAAGGCCUCCCUGGAGUCAGAGGAAGCUCAGGGGAACCAGGUGGACAAGGGCCACCAGGGCUAAAGGGGGAUAAAGGUGAACGGGGUGAACCAGGUUCAGCUAUAUCUGGCGGGGGUCUUCCAGGAAGGAAAGGAGAGCCAGGCAUCCCAGGAAUACCGGGUACUCCGGGUCGACCGGGCAGUGACGGGGCCAAAGGAUCCCUUGGAGUUCCAGGGACACCAGGUCAGGAUGGUCGUCCAGGGAUACCAGGAACUCCGGGUGUUUCCAUCAAGGGAGAUAAGGGCAGCACGGGAGAGAGGGGACCUCCAGGAGUMGGAAGUGGGGUGGCUGUGAAGGGCGAGAAGGGCGUCCCUGGAAUUCCAGGAACUCUAGGAACUCCAGGUGCUAGAGGGCCAUCAGGACCUCAGGGCAGCAAAGGAGAAAAGGGCGAUGAAGGUGUUGGACUCCCUGGACUCCCUGGAAAGCAAGGAGAUCCUGGGGACCGGGGUCUGCGUGGGCCUGCGGGUGAACUUGGCAGCAAGGGCGACCGAGGUCAGCCGGGUGAGCCUGGGACACGAGGAGACAGGGGGGAGCGAGGCCCGGCUGGAGAGACUGGGGAGAAAGGGGACGCAGGGAAGCCGGGUAUCCCGGGAUCACCAGGACUGAGGGGUUUACCAGGACCAAGUGGAGUGUCUGGAGAAAAGGGAAACGAAGGCGCUCGAGGGGAGCCGGGCAGAAGUGUUCAAGGUUUACCAGGAAAGAAAGGAGAUCAGGGGGAACAAGGCCUGCCUGGUUCUGAGGGUCAAAGGGGAGAGAAGGGAGAGCCUGGACAAAGAGGAGAGAAAGGAUCUCCAGGAGGUGGUUCAGAUGAGGCUGGAACAAAAGGAGAUCCAGGAGAUCGAGGACCCCCUGGUCUUAGUGGACGACCUGGAGCCAAGGGAGACUCUGGUGAACCAGGAGAGAGAGGAGAGAAUGGACGCCCAGGACUCCCAGGAAAACCUGGUCUCCCCGGAAAACAGGGAGAGAAAGGUGACAAAGGUGAUGAAGGCACACCUGGAGAACCAGGRCUUUCAGGGAAGCCAGGAGAAAGAGGACUGCGGGGACUGGCUGGUCAGCCCGGACGACCAGGAGAGAAAGGAGACAUGGGAGACCCAGGAGAGCACGGCCGAAAUGGCAGUCCCGGACCUGCUGGACCGAGGGGAGAGAAAGGAGAGCUAGGACCUGAGGGGCCUCCAGGACCACCAGGAAAACUGGCKGAUACCCAGGCUCUGCUGAAAGGCGAGCGAGGUGAGAAGGGUGACGCAGGCGACCCAGGCGAGCAUGGCAGCAAAGGUCAGAAAGGCGAAGCAGGAACUCCCGGAGCUCCAGGUCUACGAGGCUCAGAGGGACCGCGAGGGCCUGCCGGCACAAAAGGCGAUGCAGGAGAAAGAGGAGCACCAGGAGAGAAGGGAGACAGAGGAGCAUCAGGCUUGGAUGGGCGACCUGGUCUKGAUGGGAAACCAGGUUCUUCAGGGCCACCUGGACUAAGGGGAGAUCCAGGGAAAACGGGUGAUUCUGGAAGAGACGGAUUACCAGGAUUAAGAGGUGAGCAGGGUCCGCAGGGACCUAUUGGUCCUCCAGGAAAUCCAGGAAUACCUGGGAAAGCAGGUGAAGAUGGCAAAACUGGUCCUCCUGGCAAAACGGGAGACGAUGGAGUGCCUGGUGAAGAUGGGAGAAAGGGUGACAAAGGAGAAGCUGGAGCAGCUGGAAGAGAUGGCCGUGACGGGGAGAAAGGUGACCGCGGGCCUGCUGGGACUGCAGGCCCCUCUGGUCCCACGGGACCUCCUGGAUUGCCUGGCAGCAUUGGUCCUCCCGGACAGGUUGUGUAUGUAAAAGGAGUUGAAGCUGCUCCAAUCCCAGGUCCACAGGGACCUCCUGGAACACCUGGGGUUCCUGGGAUCCCAGGAGCAGGAGGAGCUCGAGGGGAGAGAGGUCCACCUGGUCCUAAAGGUGACAUUGGAGACCCAGGAGAGGAUGGAGCUCCUGGUAAACCAGGGACUGCAGUGGAUGUGCAAAAAGCUCUGGCCAGCCUCGGUAUUCAGGUGGCUGAUUUGAAGGUGGUGAUGGAGAAGAAGGACAACAUUUUGUCUCCCUCAGUGCAAAAAGCAGAGAAGGGUGAAAAGGGGGACAGAGGCGAAGCUGGACCAAGGGGACCAUCUGGUUCAGAUGGUGCUCGCGGUUUUCCAGGAGACAGAGGAAUCAAAGGGGACCAAGGGGAGCGAGGACAGAUGGGACCGGCUGGCCUCCCAGGAAGAGCCAUUGGCGAGCGAGGACCGGAGGGACCCCCGGGGCCUGCAGGAGAACCUGGCAAACCCGGGAUACCUGGUGUUCCUGGAAGAGCGGGGGAACUGGGGGAGGCUGGCAGACCAGGGGAAAAGGGAGAGCGAGGAGAUAAGGGAGACAAAGGCGAUGCUGGUCUAGUUGGAUUAGCAGGACCAGCUGGGCCUCAAGGUGAAAAGGGAGCUCCUGGUGAAUCAGUUCUGCUUGGUACCCCCGGGCUCAGAGGGCCMCCAGGCGAAAAUGGCGAGCCUGGUCCAACUGGCCCUUUAGGACCGAAAGGAGAACGAGGUUUCGCAGGUCCUCGUGGUGAAAAAGGUGACAGAGGAGAGGUUGGAGAGAAAGGACGUGGAGGCUCACCGGGUGAACCAGGACAACCAGGAAAAUCUGGUCAGGAUGGGAAACCGGGCUUGCCUGGGUUCCCCGGAGUUCUAGGCAGACCGGGAAACCCAGGAGAGAACGGCAUAAGGGGACCAACUGGCCCCAUGGGUCCUACUGGACUGCCAGGUCCAAUGGGUUUGAAGGGCAGUCAAGGAGAGCCAGGAGUUGGUGUCCAGGGUCCUCCUGGUGCUCAGGGAAGCACAGGUCUUCCAGGACCCCCAGGUCCUCCUGGAGCUGUUGGUCCGCAGGGCCCCCCGGGGCUGUCGGGGCAGGUGGGUGAGGCUGGUAAACCUGGAGUUCCUGGAAGAGACGGAGUCCCUGGGAAAGAAGGAAUUCCUGGAUUACCAGGAAAACAGGGUAUCGCUGGGCCUCCAGGACAGCAUGGAUUGAAGGGGGAGCAGGGGGACAGUGGCCCCCCAGGGAAGGCUGUGGCUGGACCCAUUGGACCUAAAGGAGAACGGGGUCCGCCUGGUGUAACACUGCCGGGUAUAGCUGGAGAACGAGGCGUCCCUGGAGAAAGGGGUGAUAAAGGGGAUAGAGGGUCAGCUGGCAUCAAAGGAGACAGAGGAGUGGCUGGUGAACCUGGAGAGCGUGGAGAGGAAGGUCAACAAGGAUCUGCAGGGCCUAAAGGAGAUAAGGGAGAGAAAGGCAUUGGACCAGCAGGUCCGCCUGGUCGUGUCGGACCUCCAGGUCUGAAGGGAGAUCCAGGUCUUCCUGGCUCAGCUGGUCCUCCAGGACCACAGGGAAAGUCAGGAGACCCCGGCCUGGCUGGUGUGAGAGGAGAGAAUGGACAACCAGGACCUCCUGGACCUCCAGGGGCGACAGGUAUCCAAGGAUUUGCAGGCCGGGCAGGAAACGCUGGAGCUCCUGGUCCUCCUGGACCUCCUGGACAGGCUGGCUCUCCUGGUACAAACGGAGUCAAAGGGGACAAGGGGGAGGUUGGUGUUGGUGUCCCUGGUUCCAGAGGAGAGAGAGGAGAUCCAGGGCCCAGAGGCGAAGACGGCCGAGCUGGUUUGGAUGGGGAGCGAGGAACAACAGGACCCCCGGGGGUUCGAGGWACUCGAGGAGAAAAGGGAGACAGCGGACCUCAGGGUGAAAAAGGAGAAAAGGGGGACACUAAGCUGGUGGGAGGACCUGCUGGAGAAAAGGGCAACAAAGGAGAAACUGGUGACAGAGGACCCAAGGGUACACAAGGAGAAAAGGGGGUUAAAGGUCAAGAGGGUCCAUCAGGAGAGCAGGGUAAGAAUGGAGAACCUGGAGAACGAGGAUCCACUGGAUUUCCUGGGGCUCGUGGUCCAGGUGGACAAAAGGGAGAACCAGGCCAACCUGGUGUACCCGGUGAAUCGGGUUUACCUGGAAAAGAUGGACUUUUGGGCCGUAAAGGGGAUAAAGGUGAAGAUGGYGUCACAGGACUGAGAGGAAUCAAGGGUGACCGUGGAUCCAAGGGGGUUUGUGGAGCCAGUGGACCUAAAGGAGAAAAGGGGGAUGCUGGUAUUCAUGGACGAUCAGGCCUACCAGGGAGGAAAGGUGAACAGGGUGAUUUAGGGCCCCCGGGAGCUCCUGGAACCCCUGGAAAAGAGGGUCUAGUUGGUCCUAAGGGUGAGCGUGGUUUUGACGGGCUCUCUGGAGCCAAAGGAACUCAAGGAGAGAAAGGUGAAAGGGGACCACCUGGUGUGCCUGGUCCUCCAGGUCCCAGAGGGAUGGAUGGACCUGCCGGUUUGAGUGGCCCACAAGGUCCAGCUGGGACUAAAGGCCCAGAGGGACUCCAGGGACAGAAGGGGGAGAGAGGUCCAAUUGGACCUGCCAUGGUUGGUCCUCGAGGUAUACCAGGAAUCCCAGGGGAGCGAGGAGAAGCGGGAGAGAUCGGGCCAGAUGGAGCCAAGGGAGACAAAGGAGAGGCUGGCAUGACGGUUCAGACCCCGACUCUCAGUCUCAGCCUGCAGUCAGGGCUCGGCCUACAACAGACCAACAGCUGGUUCUGAAGGGCCGUGAGCUGCGGGUGGUGGUGAACACCAACGACCCGGACUACGAACACAUCUACUCCAUCGAGGCCCUGGAYGACCCAGUGAACGACCUGCUCUACUUCUCCACACAGCCAUCCACUGAGUCUGAUGCAGUUGAGGAUUUCAAAAAGGAGUCAGAGAAAAAAGACAAAGUGGAUGCGGAUAAAUCUGCGAGCGCUGACGUUCAGACAAAAGCAACAGUUGAUGGUGAGAAAACGGACAAAGUGACACCUCUGACUGCAGACAAGUCCAGAUCAGUCAGGUCUAAGAGGAGAGUCAAAGGGGAAGGUUCAACAGACAUAUGUCUGCAGGCCAUGGAUGAGGGAGAAUGUCAGCGAUACACUCUGCGCUGGUACUUUAACAGUCACUCUGGAGCCUGCAGGCCUUUCGUUUACGGUGGCUGCAAAGGAAACGACAAUCGCUUCCUCCAGCAGGAGGACUGUGAGAAGGUCUGCCUCAGGGAGGCUGAAGGUCCUCGUCUCGGAACGACGGCAGGAUGAUUGUGGGGAACUCCUCCUCYACUAAAGAACUGUUUUUAUAGGUCAGAAUGUUUUCAAAUGUCAGUGGUUUUGUUUAUUUUUGUUUAUUUAUUGUUUUCUCGAACCCAUCCAAGUUUUACUCUGCCAUGAGACACACCACAACUGCACUUCUGCUGUGUUUUUUUUUCAAAAUAACAGAAAUAUUAAAGACUAAAAUACUCUU